AUGCCUUCAUUAAUACCAGUUAGCACUAGUUCAAGGACGACUUUCCCAUUGAGUGCAGGCACCGGCAAUAACUUAUACAACAAUCAGUAUGGUGCUCAUGGACAUGGCUAUACACAAAGUUUAGGUCAUAAUCAUCGUGGUAUUGAGGAUAUGAAAAGAAUUGAAAUGUCAUUGAAAUCAGGUAUUGAUUCAGAGAUUGCAUGGGCAUUGAGCCUGUUGACUCUUAUGUCUAUGCAACCAUUAAUAGAUCUUGAGCAUAGUCCUUUUCUUGGUAAUGAGUUGAUCAAAUAUUUUCUGAAACCAUAUCAAUUAAUUCAAGAAAAAAAAUUCGACUUGUUUACUCAAGAUGUAUUGACAUUUAGUUUGGAUUCUGUAUUGGCUUUAAGAAACUUGUCCCAGGACUUGUCCAAUCAGCAAUGGUUAUCCCAAAUCCCUUCAUUCAAAAAAAACUUGAUUGAACUGAUAAAAUUCUUGACAAAUUGGUUUUACCAACCGGGUGGCAAUCAAAUCCCUCAAUUGGAGAAAUACAACAAUCAAUUUGCCGAAUCUUUGAAUUAUAUUGUGGAUUUAUUGGAACCAUUGACAUGUUACUACAUUGAUAACAAUAAAAAUGACCCAUUGUUUAAUAUUUUAUUGAAUACGUUAAUAAUUACCACAGAUAGAAAUUUAUUCAUCAAUAUUUUAAAAUGUAUUUCUCAUUUGUUGAUUAUUUGGGACAAGAGUGUCAAAGCAAAAGCAGGGGAAGAAGAAGAAGAAGAUGAUGAUGAUUUGGCACAAGAAGAAGAAGGAGAAGAAGACGUGAAACUAACAAACAACUGCAUAGAUAACAUAUCUGAAUCUCAACUAGAGACUAUCAUCAACACUCUUCUUAUUGCCGAUAACGAGAUGAACAAUGCCGUCUUGGAUUUUCUUAAAAUGUAUUUAUUUUCUGAAGCCUUACAUGAAAAGUAUCCCAAUUCAAUUAAAGAUUCUCAAAGACAUAGAUUGAGAAAAUUGUUGCAGUUGAAUACUUCGAAGGCCACAUUUAGCACCUUGAUGAAGCAAUUACCCUUGUUGCUAGUAUCGGAUUUGCCUUUAAAUGAACCUAUUGAAGAGCAACCUGUUCCGUCCUUAAACUUGACGAAAAGAUCACAGUACUCGGGGGUACCCACAUCCGCUCCAGAAUUGACUGAGGAAUUGUACAAAAUAAUUGUGGCUUUUCCUGAGCCUAUAAGAGCAUCAACAUGGUUGCAUUGUUGUUAUGAGGCAACCAUGACAGAACAGGCAGAAGUGACGCAAAUAUCAAUUUGGAAAGCCUAUGAAACCCAGUUCCAAGAGAUUUGGAAACCAAAUACUGAGGGAACGUUUAAUCAUAAUUAUAAACCACUAUUACCUGCUGUGGAGUUUAUCAAAAAUGUUACAAAGGCCUUUCCUUAUGCUGAAGCUAAAGUUGUGGCAUUACCUCAAAUGCCAGGUGAAGAAAACCAAGCUCCAAAGAAAAAGUUUGUUAUCAAAGGAAUUCAACCCAGACAAUUCCCAGUGAGUAUAGAUGUUGGCAAUUACGAUGCAUUGAAACCAAUGGGGGAAACCACUGUUACUGAAGGUGACGAGAGUUUACCAAUUGGUCAUAUGGAUGUCAAGAAAUUCCAUUAUCUGUUGACCUCUGGGGUGGAUAAUAUCUUGUUUGCCGAUUCUGCUAGUAAGAUCACCAAAGAAUCAUUGAAUCUGAUUAAUGAAUCCAGUCACGAUCUUUUAGAUUACAUUAUACUGGAAGUUUUAGAGGUAUCAGGAAUCGAAUCAAAAGAGUCAAGUAUAUUCCGUCUUCACAACGGAUAUUGGAUUCCUGAAUUAGUAUACGCCAACCCUUCUUUGUUAGAAAAAGGUAUCAUAGAAACCAGCUGGUUGAAGUAUUUGCUAUAA